AUGUCCAUAAGGGAAAUGAUCGGCGCUGACGUCGAGAGCGGGGGACUGUUUGAUCCGCUAGGAUUUUCAAAAGACGAACCCUCGCUGUUCCGAAGGCGGGCCGUCGAGCUCAAGCACGGAAGGGUGGCGAUGCUCGCCGUCACCGGUAUCUUGGUGCAGUCCUUCGUGCGCUUCCCGGGUUUCCCGCCGUUUCCCGUGUCUAAUCCAGCGCGCCCGCUGGCGGUGCUGAAGGGGCUCUUGUCGACCGAGGGAAACAACGUGGUGCUGUUUCUGUUGGGCAUUGGGGUGGUGGAACUCACGAUAGGGAAGCAGGACUACAUAGACAGAGCUCCGGGAGAGCUCGGCGAGUUUGGAGCGUUCGCGAAGCCGGUGGACAAGGAGGAGUGGGAUAAGGUUCAGAUGGCCGAGCUGAAGCACGGACGCCUGGCAAUGCUGGGUGUGGUGGGGUGCUUGGUGCAGGAGCUCGUGACGGGGGAGGGACCCGUGGAGCAGCUUCUCAACGGGAACAUAUUUCCGUUCGCUUAG